AUGCUAACCCUCAAUCUCAACGCUCUUUCUUCUUCGUUCUCAAUUGUUCCCUUUCACGUCAACUAUUCACUCUUUACUCAAACUCAGUUGUUAGUUCCCACUAAUCUUAAUUACCCUUUUCUUAAUACAGCUACCAGAAAGUUUAGGACUUUUCAGCUCAAAGCUGGAUUUUGGGAGUCAAUUAAAUCUGGGUUAACGAAGAAUAAUACCACGCAGGUUAUCGAUUCAGAGUUAACAGAUGAAGAAGACGAAGAACCUCUACCUCAAGAGUUUGUGCUUGUUGAAAAGACCGAACCUGAUGGAACAAUUGAACAGAUAAUGUUCUCUUCCGGUGGAGAUAUUGAUGUUUAUGAUCUUCAAGCCCUGUGUGACAAGGUAGGGUGGCCUCGUAGGCCAUUAUCGAAAUUAGCUGCUGCUUUGAAAAACAGCUAUAUGGUGGCCUGUCUCUAUUCUAUAAGAAAGUCACCGGGGUCAGAGGGGAAUGAACAAAAGAUAUUAAUUGGCAUGGCUCGUGCUACGUCAGACCAUGCCUUCAAUGCCACGAUUUGGGAUGUCCUAGUUGAUCCCGGCUACCAGGGACAAGGUCUUGGCAAAGCUCUUGUAGAGAAACUGAUUCGAGCUCUUUUGCAAAGGGACAUCGGUAAUAUAACGUUGUUUGCAGAUAGUAAAGUUGUGGAAUUUUAUCGCAAUUUAGGUUUCGAAGCUGACCCAGAGGGCAUAAAAGGCAUGUUUUGGUACCCAACUAACUAA